AUGGCUUCUACACUCUACCAACCCGCCGUCGGUGCUGUUCGCCAGCCCUUCGCUCCCCUCAACAGUUCGCGUCUGCAGACUCUCACGAGCCUCAAGAACCGCCAAAAUGCCCUCCCCCAAUCCCUCGCCUCGUCCACAAAACGCAAGGCAAACUCCUACGACGAUGACAUCGACGCCGAGAACAUCGACCCCACCCUCUCCACCAAACGCUCCAAAGGCAGCGAGUCCUCGAUCUCCAAACCAUCCGCCUUCAUCCUCACCAAAUUCCAUCUCGAAUACACCCCCGCCUCGCCCACCACACGCACAACCCUGACCCCCAAAUCCCCGGCCCGCAUCCACACCUCCUCCCCGCACCCCGCCCUCUCGACCCCAGCCGGGCGCUCGCCGACACGGAAACGCAUCGGGCUUCUCAACCGCCGCAAGACUGGCUCCGCGGGGUUCACUCGCGUCGACCCGCCUAACUUCUCAUCCUCGUCAUCCUCGUCCCUCCCAUUCUCCCUCGCCACAGCACUCAGCAGCACAACCCCCCUCUCACGCCCUACACUCCCGCCGCUGGCGAGACCAUCUUACAAGCCGAGCUGGGAAUUCGCGAUCCACGAGGACACGCAGGAGGAGACGCUGACGAACCUCAUGGAGCACAGCACAUACACUCUGGAUAUCAGCAGUGACGAGGAGAGCGCGAAGCGUCCCCGCGAUGAGGGGAGGGGGAAGGAGAACGUUCCCCCCACCGAAGAUGAGGGAGUUGCGCCUCGUCCACAGCAGGUGUCCGCUCAGGGUGUUGAGGGGAAGACAUGCCUUGGACGUCGUAAGAGAGAGGAGAGCGAGAUUGAGGUCGAUAGACAGGUGUUGGGGGAGGUCCCGAUUGGGGAUCUGUAUGCGGAGGAUGCGGCUGGGGAGGUUAUCGUCCAAGCUGAUGAUCUGGUUGAGUUGGGGCCGUCGCCGUUGAGCGCACCGGAGUUUGAGUUCAGCUCUAGUGCUGUGGUGGAACGGAAGGUUGCAGAGGAGGAGGUGGAUGUUGUCGCUGCUGCGGAGGAGCUUAUGGCUGAGGUGCUGGCGCCUCAGUCGGCCGCGCUGCUGGAGCCUAUUGAGAAGGCUGAGGAGGGGUGGUCGGUGUGGGAGAGUGGGAGUGUUGGGGGUGAUGAGUAA